GCCCCACCCCCUGUGACCUAGAGCCCGAGCCGGGUGCUGCGCGUGGGGAGGAGAGUGCAGGGAAUUGCAGACACGCCGCUGUCGCGGGUGGGUGUGGGAGUCGGCCCUCUGGCUUUUAACCUGUGAAAGCGCCGAGACGGAAUUCCGACCAGAUUCAUCCCGUGUUCGAAGUUAAUAAUGAUGCGACCCUCGGCAGAGACGGCGGCCCUCCUGGACGGCCACGUUGUCCCCUCUGAAGUGCUCCCUGUGGUCAUCAUCGGGAACGGCCCAUCGGGGAUCUGUCUGUCGUACCUGCUGUCGGGGUACACUCCAUAUUUGGCUCCUGGGGGGAUCCACCCCAACUCCUUCUUGCUGAGGAAGCUGGAGGAGCGGCCUGAGCUGUCGUUGCUGGACCAGGACCUGGGGUACCUGUGCGAGGGGCUGGAGGGCCGCUCCUCGAACCCGGUGGCCGUGCUGUUCGACUCGCUCCUCCUGCCGGACGGCGACUUCGGCUCGGACUGCCCCUCCCCGCUCCAGUGGCGCCACGAGCCGGGCCGUGCCAUCCCCCACCUGGUCCUGGGCAAGGGCCUGCCGGGGGGCGCCUGGCAUGCGAUGGAGGACUCCAUGCUCACCCUCAGCCUGGCCAACUGGAUGGAGCUGCCAGGACUCAAGCUAAAGGACUGGAUCCGAGAGAAGCGCAGGAACCUGCGCAACGACCGCGCCACGCCCGCGGAGAUCGCCUCCUACUACCAGCACUACGUCACGGCGAUGGGCCUGCAGAGCCGCUUCGCCCCCGAGACCUUGGUGACCUCCCUGCGGCGGGUGCCGUGUGGGGGCGCGGCCGGCGGGAGCCCCCGGACUGUGUGGGAGGUUCAGGGGGUGCGAGGCAGCGACGGCCAGGGCGCGGAGGGCGAGCCGUUCUCGGUGCGCGCGCGGAGCGUGGUGCUGGCCACAGGCACGCAGGACGUCCCGGCGCGGCUGGGCGCGGAGGGCGAGGACCUGCCCUUCGUGGCCCACAGCUUCCUGGAGCUGGAGGCGGCGAUGGCCAGCGGGCAGGUGGGCGAGGGCUCUGCGCCCGUGCUGGUCGUGGGGGCGGGGCUGACCGCGGCGGACGCGGUGCUGGUAGCGCACCACUUCAACAUCCCUGUGUACCACGCCUUCCGCCGCGCGGUCGGCGACCCGGGCCUGAUCUUCAACCAGCUGCCCAAAGUGCUGUACCCCGAGUACCACAAGGUGCACCAGAUGAUGACCCAGCAGCAGUUCCAGCCACAGGAUGGGCCGGAGACGCCGGCUGGCACCCUGGGAGACUCCUGCGGCUUCACGGGCUCUUAUCCCGGGUACCUCAGCUUCCCCAGGCACCGCGUGGCGGCGUUCCGGCCGGACAGGAAGUGCGUGCUGGAAGGGGAGGGCGGCCGGCAGACGGUGCUGCAGGUGUCCCUGGUGCUGGUGCUGAUCGGGUCCCACCCCAGCCUCUCCUUCCUGCCGCACGGCGGGCGCCACCUGGGCGUGGACGCCGAGGAGCCCAUCUCCUGCCGCCGCAACCCGGUGGACGUGGACCCCUUCACCCACGAGUCCCUGCGGGAGCCCGGGCUGUACGCGCUGGGCCCGCUGGUGGGGGAGAACUUCGUGCGCUUCCUCAAGGGGGGCGCCCUGGCCGUGGCCAGCGACCUGGCCGCGCGGCGGGCCGGAGCAGGGUGCGCGGUGGACGGGGAACACGCCUCCACCGGCUCCCUGGACACAUAGGCGGAGCGGUGGCUCUGUGGCUCAGGAUCUGCGCCUGUGGCUGGAGGGUUGCCGGUUCGUAUCCCGCGGCCGGCAG